AAACAAUAUAACAAAUGUGCUUUUCUAUACUUGUGUUUCACUCCGUUGACUUUUGAUCAACUGGGUUUUUUAGUUCUCCCACAGUGAAUUUUGUUUUGAAGAUGUACGCAAGCCGCCUAUUGGCUAGAAGUCUGAAGCAAAAAAGUCCCCUACUGAGACAGCUCCUCAGCCAGAAACCGCUGGCACGAACGGGUGGCCUUCCGCUGGAGGCGACUGCUCGUUGGCUUGCAACCAAAGAUGACAAGGAAGCCAGGGGAAGCGGACCCACGACAAUUGGGCCGGACGGAAAUGUUCUUGAACCGCCGGUCAUCCUGAAAGUAAUACCCUUCCGCCCGGUCCCCGAUUUGCCAUAUGACGACCGCAAUAUGCUACUGGGACGGGAAAUGUCGCCCCACCUGUCUAUCUAUAAGAUACAGCUUACUUCGUUGCUGUCCAUCUGCCUGCGUAUUAGCGGUUUUGUCCUGGCUAUUUUCGUUUGGGCCUUGGGAAUAGCCGGACUCUGCAUGCAGGGGGACAUGGAGGGAUUGGUGAAAAAGGUCGAGGAUUGCGACUGCCCCGUAGUUAUGACGGCCUCGAGGGUCAUGUUGGUGGCGCCAUUUGCAUACCACGCCGUAGCUGCCACCCGGCACAUGAUCUGGGGUCUGAACAAGUUUCUGACGAUCCCCGAGAUCUAUGCCACCGGCUAUGUGGCUGUGGUCCUAGCUAUUGCAUUUGCUGCUGCCUUGCUGGUCAUGGAUGUUGAACAGAAGCCCAAGGAGCAGGUGGACCUCUCCAAGCCACCGCCGAAGGGUAAGCAGCCCCCGAAGGGAAAACAAGAGAAAAAGGAUACCAAGGCUGAUCCAAAAGCUAAGGCUAAGAAACAUGAUGACAAGCAUUAAUCUCAAAAGAUUUAUUUUACAUACCGACGUUCGUGAAAACUACAUAUGUUGGCUUAGGCUUCAAAAUUUAACUGUCUAAAAUAAACCACGCAUUGUUUAGUUGAA